AUGUAUAAUAAAGCAAUAAAAUAUAACCAUGAAAAUCCUGUAUAUUAUAAAUAUAUAUAUCCAUUUUUAUUUCAUUAUAAAUAGCUGCUGCUUUAGAAGAUUUAAAUAAAAUUGAUGAUGCAUUAAAAUAUUUUGAAUCAGCUAUUUCGAAAGAUCUAAAAAAACCACAUUUUUUAGUCAUAAAAAAGUAAUUUAUUAAAAAAAAAUUAAAAUUAUUUCAAUAAGCCUUUGAAUACUUUGAUUAUUCUAUUAGUUUUAAUGUUAAAAAUCCAAAUCAUUAUCAUAAUGAAGGUAUAAAUUAAUAUAUAAUCUUAUAGCGAAUAUGUGAUUAAAUGAUGAGUAAGUUUAUGUUUAUAGCUUAAUAAAAAAGAUGA